ACUCGGCCACCGCACCAGUCGAACGUGCGGUCGUCGCUCGAACGUACGGCCAGUUAUGCUGUGUUUAUAACUCGAAAGCUGAAGUGACACGAAUUAUUUUGACGCAUUAUUCUACUGAAUACGACCCCUAAACCUUCAAAAUGCCGCUGCGGCUUUCAAAAAACGGGUGUUCGGUGUUCGUCCGGCAGAACUUGCUCACUCUCCUGACGAUCAUCGGCGUGGUUUCCGGGACUCUCCUGGGAUGGGGCUUGAGGGUCUCCGGCUACGAGUGGACCAGGAGAGAGGUCGUGUACUUCCAGUACCCGGGAGAACUCUUCCUGAGGAUGCUGAAAUGCCUGAUCGUCCCUCUACUGGUCUCCUCCAUCGUGUCCGCUAUUGGGUCCUUGGAUCUCAGUCUUUCUGGCAAAGUGGGUCUGCGUGCUAUCAUCUACUACAUGACGACGACGGUCUGCGCCGUGAUGCUCGGCAUCGCGCUGGUCACCACCAUCAAGCCUGGCAAAGACCCCGAGGCCUACCAGCAGCCCAACGCCACCAAGGUCAUCACUAAGGAAACCCUCACUUCUGACACCUUGCUGGAUUUGAUAAGAAACGUGUUCCCAGAAAACAUAGCGCAAGCAACGAUCGCGACCUACCGAACUAAAUUAAAUUACAAUCCAGAUGACCCGAAAGCAAUUAAAGGGAAACUGGAGACCUACAAAAUCGAUGGCGAAUACCAAAGCGGAAGCAAUGUGUUGGGAUUGGUGUGCUUCAGCGUCGUGCUGGGCAUCACCCUGGGGAAGAUGGGAGAGAAGAGCCGACCUUUGCAGAACUUCUUCCAUGCUUUGUCUGAGGCUAUGAUGAUCAUCACUGGAUGGGUCAUUUGGCUAUCGCCCCUCGGAGUGUUCUUCCUCGUGACCGCCAAGAUCAUGGAGAUCGAUUCCUUCGCGGAGCUGGUAGGGCGACUCGGCCUGUACUUCAUGACGGUACUCCUGGGGCUGUUCCUGCACGGCUUCGGCACGCUCAGCAUCCUGUUCAUCCUGGCCACUAAGAAGCUGCCGUGCCGGUACAUCGCGAAGAUGGGGCAGGUCAUGGCGACUGCGUUUGGAACUGCAUCUAGUUCAGCGACGAUGCCGAUCACGAUCGGGUGCUGCGACGACAUGGGCCUGGACCCGCGCAUCACGCGGUUCGUGAUCCCCAUCGGCGCCACCAUCAACAUGGACGGCACGGCGCUGUACGAGGCCGUCGCCGCCAUCUUCAUCGCGCAGCUGCGGAGAGUCGAGAUGUCGUUCGGGAAGAUUGUUGCUGUCAGCGUGACCGCCACGGCGGCGAGCAUAGGCGCGGCCGGCAUCCCGCAGGCCGGGCUCGUGACCAUGGUCAUGGUGCUGGACACCGUCAACCUGCCCGCCGAGGAUGUCUCCAUCAUCCUCGCCGUCGACUGGCUGCUCGACCGAUUCCGGACGACGAUCAACGUAGUCUGCGACGCUUUGGGCGCCAUCAUCGUGUCGUCGCUCUCUCAGGGCGACAUCGAGAAGACGCGCGCCAUCCAGAACGACCGCGAGGCGGCGCCUGCGCACGAGCUCACCGAGCUAGAGAAAGGCGAGCACUGAACCGCCUUGAAUAACGGUUAGGGCUAUUUGACACAGAAGCGAAGACGAGUUGAAAGAAGAUGAUUGUUAUUUAGGUACAUGUCUCGAUUAAAGCGGGGACAGGACCAAAGUAGACGGGACACAUCCAAACAAUUUCCAUAAUACAUAUCUCCAUGCGGAGUGACAUGACGAAGGGAGACGUGACAUAUUUCGCAACCAAUAAAAAGUUCGCUACUUUUACGUCUCGCCUCAAGUGGUCUCAAGCAGAGGCAAGAUAAAAGAAGAUGAGACAGAAAUAAUUUCUUUAUAUAUGUAUUUUGGAAUCAGCUUUAGUGGAAACGGUUGAGCAGAGAUCCAAUUGAUUCUUUUUGGUGGAAGAAAUAACUUGCCCGCUAUGCUUCUUGUCACAGCUCAUCUCAACUCGUCACCUCGUCUCUGCUUUGAUGGAAAACAGCCCUUAAAACCGUUCUGUGUUCAAAUAACGAUACCGUUAUUUUGUGCCAGGACAAUAAAUUAAAAAAAUGAUCAAGCGUAUUUAUGUUGUGAUUCUGAAUUUGUUUCUUAGUUAAGUCUUACGAAUCUCAGAUAUGCUGCCUGGGUUAGAUACAAUGUUGAUUUACAUUUAAAAUUGUCGUUUGCGAUAUAAAUCUUAUAUUUCUUAACAUUUCAUAGAAGUGUUGUAUUAUAUGAAGUUUACGAUAAUGUAUUAUAGAUUUGGAUUAUUGUUGUGUGUAAGAAUGGUGUAGCCAUGAUGUUAUUGUAAUAUAUUUCGUUUGUAUCUUCUGACUUUCAUAAUCCUGAUGCUUAUUCUUUGACAAAAAUUUAGUAAUUCUUUGUAUGGUCAUCUAUGAGUCUAUACUAUUUCUAAUGUUUAAGAGAGCUUAUAAUGUCGGUGUGUUCUCGAUGUGCCAUUUAUACUGUAGGAAGUGCAUUAGGGGUGAUAAUAUAUUCACAUCAGGUAAAUGCAAUUUCUGUACUUAAAAACUUUUUCAUGAUUUCUCAAAACAGUCCUCUAUUGAUUGCAGUAAAUAAUUUGAGAUGUCGUGAAAUGGAUUUUGAGCCAAUCAUCAUCUCUUGUACAAAUGUAAUGAUGUAACUUACACUAUAUUUUGGAGAAAAUAAAAUUACACUCAGUCAACAUUUCGAAACAUUUUUCAAAAACGUACUCUGUAGCUAAAACUGUUUAUCUAUUUUUGUAUGGAUGUACAUUUGCGUAUGUAGUGAGUGUUUAGCUCUAAUAUUUAUGGAUGUAUUACAGUAAAUGUGCCAUAAUAAUAUAAGUCAAGGACUUUUUGUUAAUUUGUUUUGUAAGAUACAUUACAAUGUAGAGUUAUUAGUCAGUCAAUAUAGUCAUUGCAUUCCAUUUAUUCUCAUGUGAAGCAGUUAACACUCAAAAGUGUCUAAAUUUAUCUUUUUAUGUUAAAUAUUGUAUAUUUAUUAAACUGUUAUUUUAUAAUUUAUUAUAUAAUAUGUGUCACGUUUUAAAUGUACUGCAAUAAAGACAUUGGAAGUAUCAAAACUUAGUAUUAACCCGAUGUUUAAAAAAAUUAUUAUAGACAUAUUUUAUCAGGCAAUAAUUUGUACGAAACACGCUCAAAGUGUUGGACAACAUUGCACAACGAAGGGUAACUUUUAAAUUAAAAGCUCUACGUUCCUGCAUCUCGUAGCGAGCUUUGAGCUUUCGUAGGGUCACGCGUUGUACAUACAUGUUGAGCGUCAUUUGUUGCCUGUCAGUUGUUACCUGGUGGAUUUAUAUCAUUAUAUUGAAGGUAAAUGAUAUUCCUUCGUAUGCGAAACCUAAUUUGUCUAACGUAACUCGUAAUUUAGACUCCAUAUCAGUGUUCGGCCUACUUUAGUAUUGACUAAAAUGUUCUAUAUCAUAGCUGAUACUCGUAAGUGUUAAAGUCAAACUUAUAUUAUUUUAAGAGAUUAAAAUAUAAUAAUCAUGUACAAGUAGGUGUAAUGUUUGUAUACUUCUAGUCUGUUAAUAUAUUCUUUGGAUUCACGAGCCACUGUUUUACCGUGUAUAUCUUUAUUAGGUGAGUAAACGCAUCACAAACAAGUCUUGGGCAUGAAAUAAAAAAGUGAAAUUGUGUAGAAACUUUAAAAAUGAACCAAAAAUUGACCAAAUAUACAUAGUGAUAAGUAUUAAGCACAAACCUGUGGCGGCUCUAUACAACUCUAUGACAUAUUUUAUGUUUUAUCUAUAUGGAAAUAAUUGAUGUUAAUUAUUUUAAUUAAUAAACACUUCAGUGUGAA